GUUUCUCUCCCUCUUUUCCUCUCUACGCUACGACUCCCUUCUCCUCCGGGUUCUGCAAGCCGCCGCCCAAUCACACCAAAACACAGAGUUCGUCGGGGGAGAUGGCAACCGCAGACCAUGAAGUCGCGGAGAAUGGAAAUGUGGAGCCUCCGCGAUCGUCUUUGAUAUUUCUCGGCACCGGUUGUUCUAGCGCGCUUCCAAACGCGAUGUGCUUGAUUCAGCCCUCGGAUCCCCCUUGUCACGUCUGUUCCCAGUCACUAUCUAUACCGCCGGAACAAAACCCUAAUUACAGGUGCAAUACAUCUUUACUUAUCGAUUAUUGUGGUGGUGAUCAUAAAUAUAUAUUGAUUGAUGUUGGCAAGACGUUUAGGGAGCAAGUGCUCCGGUGGUUCACAUAUCAUAAAAUUCCGCAGGUGGAUUCUGUUAUCUUAACUCAUGAACACGCUGAUGCGGUUCUUGGCUUGGAUGAUAUACGUGCGGUGCAACCUUAUAGUUCAACAAAUGAUAUUGAUCCGACACCCAUCUACCUCUCCCAAGAUGCCAUGGAGAGCAUUGCAGUGAAAUUCCCUUACUUAAUUAAGAAAAAACUCAAGGCUGGGCAGGAAAUCAGACGUGUAGCACAGCUUGACUGGAAGAUUGUAGAGAAUGACUGUAAGAAGCCAUUCAUUGCAUCAGGACUUCAAUUUUUUCCUUUGCCAGUAAUGCAUGGUGAAGACUAUGUAUGCUUAGGUUUUCUUUUUGGUGAAAGAUGCAGAGUGGCAUAUAUAUCUGAUAUUUCACGCUUUCUUCCACCCACAGAAUAUUAUAUUUCUAAAGAUGGAGGUGGACAGUUAGAUCUUCUUAUCUUGGACACACUAUACAAGAAGUUCUGCUUGUGUUACAUUGCCAAAAUAUGUCUCCAGACUCUUGAUGCAGUGAAGAGAUUAUGCCCGAAGAGAGCUUUAUUGAUAGGAAUGACCCAUGAGUUUGAUCACCACAAGGACAAUGAAUUUCUUAUGGAAUGGUCUAGAAGGGAAGGAAUACCAGUUCAGCUGGCACAUGAUGGGCUGCGGAUCCCUAUUGAUCUUUAAUGAGGUUAACUACGAGCCGUGUAUGGCCUGGCCUGUACAUAUAUGUUUUGCUUUCGGAUGACAGUAAAACGGAAAUAAAACAUACAACAAUUUGAACAACUGCACCACCAUCUCACUGAAGAAGCAGGAUGCUGAAGUUUGAUGCAUACCGGAUUAGCAAAUAUAUUGUGUUUUAGAACCAGAGAAGUACACGCCUCUGUUAAUUAUAGUACAGUUCACUCUUCACUGUAGACCAAGCAAGAUGCAGAAGUGUGGUGCAUGUAGAUUUUAUAACACUGAAGUACGGUAUUCUCUGCUUGGUUUAAUAUUGUCAUGUACACUCUUGAAUUCAUUUAUUUAACUUAUAUUCAAGAUUUAUUCUUCAAUUC